AGGCUGAUUUUUUUGCAGGUGUUUUUAAAACAACACUCGCUUCACUUGGGUUGUUUGGAUGACCGUAUAUGGAAAUGCAUGAAAAAUUGUGAUGUUAAUGCUGUUGAUCGCUGGGAUUUUUAUAAUAAUGGAGCAUUCUAUCAUGGAGCCAAGGAACUACCAGCAGCUGGGCCCCCCUUCGGAGAGUCUGAUGUCAUUGGUUGUGGUGUGAACUUCGUCACAAAUUCAGUAUUUUUCACGAAGAACGGUGUGUUCAUGGGCCCAAUCAGUACGGGAAAAAAGCUGGUGAGCAUUUCAUCUGAAGCUCUUUGUGCUCUCAAUUUUCACUUGAUCAACGAUUACAGAUCCAAAAUGAUCAAUGUCGUAAUCAUUUGCUUAUCAACAAGACGAAAAUAG